UUUUCCUUCAAACAUCAACUCCUCUCUUCGCUUUUUCUUUUGUGUUUUUCCUCCACUUUUUUUUAAAACUUCCAUCGGAACAGAUACUCGUAAAAUCACCGGAAAAAUUUUACACUGUUUCGCCUUCAGCUAUCUCUGAACUCUUCCACAACGACGUCGUUUUUUUCUUCUUUUUCUUCAAGAGGACGACUAUUAUGUAAAGUACUUUCGUUUUCUUUUAGCGUGGACUGUAAGUUGCUUUUUUUGUCUUUAGCUUGUUUUCAUUGAUUGAGCUUUUCUGGUAUAAAAUUUAUGUACGGGAGUUGAGGCUUCAAAAUUUCGAGAAUUUCGAAGGACUGUUUAAGUCGGAUAAUUAUAUUUUUUAAAAACUCUUUUCUUCUUUUUCGAGUGGUGGUUAUUCUGAAUGGUUAAUUUGGAGAGAGGAGUAACAGUUAUUAGAGGAAUUAGGUUUUGGUUUGGUGGAUUUAGUAUGUUUUCGAAAUUGAAAAAAAUGAUGUUUGUUUUAAGCUAAUUAGAGGCGAUAAUUGUUGUUGUGUAUAAAGAGAAGACGAUUGAAGUGAUAAUAAAAGAAAAAAUGAGGAACUCGGGAAUAGUUUGAGGUUGCAACUAUGAGUUGCAGCAACGACAAGAACAGAGGAGGAAGAGAAGAGAGGGAACAAGACCAGCAUGUUUUGCGGAGGUCUGUCGAGAGAGAAUCUAUGACCAUCUCGCAAAAUGGAUCCAUAACGGCCCCGCAGUUGACCAUCGAUGAAAAUCUCCUUGUUGACCCUAAAUUAUUGUUUAUCGGCUCCAAAAUCGGAGAAGGAGCUCAUGGAAAAGUUUAUGAAGGAAGGUAUGGUGAUCAAAUUGUUGCUAUCAAAGUUCUCCACCGUGGGAGCACUUCAGGAGAAAUAGUUUCACUUGAGAAUCGUUUUGUUCGUGAAGUCAAUAUGAUGUCUAGAGUAAAACAUGAGAAUCUUGUCAAGUUUAUUGGAGCUUGUAAGGACCCACUGAUGGUGAUAGUGACAGAGCUAUUGCCAGGGAUGUCAUUGCGGAAGUAUUUAGUUGGCAUUCGUCCAAAUCAGUUAGACCUUCAUGUGGCUUUAAAUUUUUCACUUGACAUUGCUCGAGCCAUGGAAUGUCUGCAUGCCAAUGGCAUUAUACACAGAGAUCUGAAACCUGAUAAUUUAUUGCUUACAGCAAAUCAGAAGUCUCUGAAGCUUGCUGAUUUUGGUCUUGCAAGAGAAGAAUCUGUGACUGAGAUGAUGACUGCGGAAACUGGAACUUACCGAUGGAUGGCUCCCGAGUUGUAUAGUACUGUGACACUGCGUCAGGGAGAGAAGAAACAUUAUAAUAACAAGGUUGAUGUCUACAGCUUUGGAAUUGUCUUAUGGGAAUUGCUAACCAACCGCAUGCCAUUUGAAGGCAUGUCCAAUUUGCAGGCUGCUUAUGCUGCUGCCUUUAAGCAUGAGAGGCCUAGUCUUCCACAGGAUAUUUCCCCUGAUCUUGCAUUUAUCAUACAGUCUUGUUGGGUUGAAGACCCUAACAUGAGGCCAAGCUUUGGCCAGAUUAUUCGCAUGCUCAAUGCUUUUCUCUUCACACUUGUACCACCCCCACCAUCUGUUCCAGAAUCUGACUCUAGUGAGCCAGAAACGAGUAAUGGCUCCAUGACAGAGUUAUCUGCUCGUGCAAGAGGAAAAUUUGCUUUCCUUCGCCAACUGUUCACUGCUAAAAAAACCAGGAACUCACAAUGAGUGGGUAAAUUUUGAGCAAUUUUCUUUUUGUUCCAUUCAGAGAAAGUUGGUAUGCAAUAGUAGAUAUAUAUUUUUAGUGAAUCACUGCUUAGUUACCUUAAAUGAUUAGCUGAGGAACAAAAAUGUUGAAAGGAAAUGAUGUUGAUGACAAUAUCAUUGACAAAAAUAAAAGAAGACAAGUAGGGCACUAUUUUCAAUGCUAGUUGACCUUAUUGUAAAGCAGAUACAUGGUUUUAGACCUUUUUCCUGUUCAUAUCAAUAUCACAAUCUCAUUCUGAAA